GAACUCCUCGCAAGGCCGUGCUGUAAUCUGAAGCCAACGAGUAAAGAGAGAGAGAGAGAGAGAGGGGAAAGAUAGAGGGAGGGGGAAACACUGAAGGGCCAAGAGAAGGUGAUGUCAGCUGAGUUCAGAAAGUAAACAGAGUCCCAGACUGCAGCAUGCUGUCUGUGGGACGGCCACUGCAGCUGGGGCAAACCCACGGGGGCACCCACACCACCACCUGGACCUCCACCUUCGCCCCGUGGAAGGGGGGCUGGCUCCUCCUCAUCGCUCUCUUCAUCGCCCUACCUCAAGGGAUGGCCUGGCCCUAUGAUUACAGGUAUUUGUACAACCACUGCCCGGGCCCGGAGUGGAACGUUAUGUGUAGAGGCUGCUGCGAGUAUGAUGUGAUUCGCUGUAAAUGCCCCCUACAGGGGACGCCGGUGGGCUACGCAGUGCCCUGCUGUCGCAACGCCAUCAACGAGUGCGACCCCUGCAUAAUCCAUCCAGGUUGCAGUAUAUUUGAGAACUGUAAGCGAUGUAACAAUGGGACUUGGAGUCCCAGGGAUGACUUCUUCGUUAAGGGAAAAUACUGCGCUGAGUGUCGGCCCGGCUGGUCCGGUGGCGAUUGCAUGAAGUGCGGCGAAGUGAUCCGUAAACGGCAGGGCCACUUGGUGCUGGAGAGCUACCCCAACAAUGCUCGGUGUGAGUGGACCAUCGAGGUGGACCGUCCCUUUACUAUAGAGCUCAGGUUCAUGAUGAUGAGUCUGGAGUUUCACCAAUCGUGUCGUUACGACUUCGUGGAGGUCCGCGACGGUGACAGCAUUGACUCGCGUGUCAUUGGCCGGUUUUGUGGGAACAACAAACCGGUGCCGGUUCACAGCUCUGGUCACAGUCUUCACAUACUCUUUGUGUCUGAUGGUUAUAAAAAUUUUGAUGGAUUCUUUGCUACUUUCCAGGAGAGCUCAGCUUGCAGCUCUUCUCCUUGCCUACAUGAUGGCACUUGUGUCCUGGAGAGUUCUUACACUUACCGCUGCGCCUGUCUGGCUGGCUACACAGGCAAGAGGUGUGAACACGUGGUUGGAUGCCGCAGACCUCCAGUGCCCACCCGCGGAUCAACACAGGGUCUGUUUCUCCACUCCGGGGCCCGCGUCACUUUCCACUGUGAGCCCGGCUUCGAGCUGCGUGGCUUCCGCUCCGCCCUCUGCCUGAGUGACGGCACCUGGAGCGCGCCUGCCCCCGAGUGUGUGCCAGUGGAAAUAGUCUGUUCUCUUCCACCCAAGCCGACACACGGGGACCACUUCUUGGUUUACGGACCCAAUGAUGUCCUCAUUGCUCUACAGUACCUGUGCUACCAGCCCUAUGAACUCACUGGGAGCUCCCAGAGGGCAUGCCUCCAUAACAACACCUGGAGUGGGACUCCUCCGGUUUGCACCCGAGUAAAUAACACGCUCACUGAAGAAGACAAGGACAGAGACAACGUAAAAAAGACAGAAGGGCACAACGGAACAGAUGGUGAAAAACAUCUCAGCAAAACUAAAGAGAAGGGUCAAAAAAACAUAACCGGUGAAAAAGAACGUGUUGGAGAGGGAGAAAUAAACACUGGGCACGACAAUAAAACUGCAGUGGGCAGCAAAGAUAAAUCUACAGGUACCAUUCCAAAGAAAACUGUGUCUGAGGGCGGGAAUGAAGGAGAGCUGGAGGAAAGAAAUACUGGGUCAGAGAAACCCACUGGAGGCAGCGAGGAUAAAGUGGACAGUGAAGGGCCAAACAACAGCCUGAAUACAGUGGAAAUGAAAGAACCUGAGGUCAGAAAGCCACCUGAGAAAAACAAAGGAAGCCCAGAGACACAUUUUGAGAGAGAAAAGACGGAUGUCACAGAAAUAGUUGUGGUUAAAGACAAAGGACAGGAAGAGAAGGAAAGAAAAGAGGAGCAGGUGAAUGGAAAAGGAGAUUCAAACAAGGUCGGUCCGAAUGAUACCAAGAUGGGACCAAACAUCAUAGCUGAGGGGGACAACACAGUCGAGGGAUUUGAAUCGGAAAUGACAGAGAACCACACUGUCAGACAUGACACGAAGGAUACGCCGAAAGAAAAUAAUACCGUAGGAUCUCCAGAGCCGGGGGAGAAAAUCCUUCCCUUUAGAGUCAACGUCACACAGCACAGAGCGGGAAGCGAGGAAAGUGGGAGAGCAAGAGAAAAACCAACGUUUGAACACGACGAGACAGAGAAGGAUUCUGCUGAGAAAACCAGGCCCGGGUUGGAGAGGGAGAGCGGGAAUGAAGACAAAGAAGCCAAUCAAAGCAUCAACGGGAAAAGCUGCCCACUUCUCCCUCGCCUCUACCACGGCCGCCACCAACUGGUGCCUGGACUGGAGCCCGAAACAGUGGAGUUCUUCUGUAACCACUCGUAUGCUAUCAGUGGUGAGGCCCGGCGUACCUGCCAGCCAAACGGUACCUGGAGUGGAGGACAGCCCCUCUGUGUAAGAGCAUGCCGGGAGCCCAAAGUGUCAGAGCUGGUAAUACAAAGAGUUUUACCACCUCAGACUCCAUCCAGAAAGACACCUGUGCACCGGCUCUACUCUUCUGGUCUUGGCCGACAGCUCAAGUCCGACGGCCCCACUAGAGGCCCCCCAGUGCUUUCCCAGUUGCCCCAGGGCUUGCACCACCUUUACUCACAUAUAGAGUACGAGUGUGCAUCUCCCUUCUACCACCACUCGGGCAGUUAUCGCCGCACUUGCCUGAAGACUGGGAAAUGGAGCGGGCGCCAUGUGUCCUGUUCGCCAGUGUGUGGGAAGCAUGCGACCUUUGACCCGGAGAGGCCGGCAGAGGCUCACUGGCCUUGGCUGGCAGCCAUCUACCGCCGCUUCACCAACGGAGCUGGGACCAAGGUGACCAAGGCAGGCAGCCAGCCAGGGUCCCUGAAGGGGGACUUUGAGGCAGGAACUGGCAGAUACAAUCAGGCUGCUGAAUGGCAGCUAGUGUGCAGCGGGGCUCUGGUCAACCAAAAGAGGGUGGUGGUGGCAGCCCAUUGUGUCACAGAGCUGGGAAAGGUGUAUCCUCUGGAUGCAGCCAUGCUUAAGGUGGUGGUAGGGAAGCACUACCGGGAUGAACAGAGGGAAAGCAAAGGUCCUCAACACCUGAGGGUGGCCUCCGUCAUUGUUCAUCCAAACUACGAUCCCAAUGUACUCGACUCUGACAUAGCUGUGGUCAAGUUACUGGACAAAGCAAAGAUCGGUGAGAAGGUCCUGCCCGUCUGCCUCUCAGACAGCCAUGGAGAAGAAGUGACCUCUGAGCAAGGGCUUGUGACAGGCUGGUCCACACUGCCCGACUCCAGUUUAGGCCCUGAUGAGAAGGCGAGGGUGGGGCUGGUUUACCUCGCCGACGUGGUCCCCUGUGAGCGGCAGUAUGCCCGUAACGGCAUGCCAGUCAGCGUCACAGACAACAUGCUCUGUGCCAGCCACAAGCCGGACUACGAACCCUCCAACAUCUGUCCCUCUGACACGGGGGGGAUCCUUGUCCUGCCCGCCCUCUCUGAGAACCAAGCCGGCCGCGACCAGAAGCCCUCGGUCAGCUCUGGGCAGAUGCGGGGGGAGAGCAGAGGGCUGUGGAGACUCAUGGGUAUGGUGAGCUUUGGCUAUGACCAAGGGGAGUGUGAUCCUGACCUCUACACAGUAUACACUCGUGUAGCCAACUUCAAGGACUGGAUAGAGAGCAAUAUGAAAUAAGGAUGGCCCCGUCUGCUUCUUACAUGUUUAAGAGACGUCAUAUCCUACAGUGCUCUUCAGUCUAUUCGUCCUCCCCAACCUUUUUUUAUUGUUUCUUGCACUAAAGCGUUUCCCUAUUUAACGUAGAAGCGCUGCAACACUGGAGAACACAGUGCUCUAACUGAAGGGGGUGCUUACGCAUCAGAUGUGCUGAGCAUCAACCUCUCGUCACGAGACUUCAAUGUUCGGGUCCCUCGGCUUUUUGAGACUUGAAUGUGACCAGAAAACAGACAAAAUGUUUCGCCUCCGCCUGAAUUUGUGUACUCAUGAACUCAUUGGUAUGUAUAUAUGUUCUGAUGUACUGUGCUGUUCUAUCAAUUCAUAUGACUGAAGAGAUGUACAUUUUGUAUCUAAAGACAGAAAAAUCAUGAGGUUUUUGGAUUAAAAUAUAAUGGGGGUGUGGUAAAGCUUGCUCAGUGUGAUCAGUUUUUCAUCACUCAGUAUGUGUGCAUGUACAAAUAUAUUCUAUCCAUUACAAUCAUUCCAUUAAUAUGAUGGGAAAAUAAACACCUUAAAUCUGCUCCAUGUAGCACACAGUAGGCCUGUUGCUAUGAGGCGAACAAAAUCCACAAAAGGAGCAAGUUAUUCACAGAUCAAUUCCCCUCUGUGCUGGAAUUAAAUCAAUUACUUCCAUUAUGACCCUUCUCUAUUAUUCAGAUGUGAUUCUGUAUUGAUAGAGGAGCUGCAGC